GUCCUCUUCUCAUUAUUUAUUUCCCUCCACCUCUUCUCUUCCCCUCCGUCUCUCCUCCUUCCUUCAGUCUUAUUUUAUCUUUCUAUUACAAAUAAUGUCUCUGGAAUAAUAUCACAGCCUAGUUCCAGGAGCUAUGCAUGUUAUUCAAGAGUGAUGUUCUGCAGCGGCGUCCAUGAUGUUCAGCCUUGGCACAUGCUCUCUCAGCGCUCACAUGCUCCCCGAAUCAGGCUCUUACCCUCCUGGCGGCAGCCCUGAACUGGACAGCGACUCGCAGAGGUGCAUGCUGGCCCUGCCGGAGGAAGAAGCAUGGCGGAAGCACCGGCUGGGUUUGAUGCAGCCCGCUCAGUCCUGCAGCCUGCUGGAGCCAGAGACCUUGACGGACACGCUCGUCUCGCGCACCACCAGCUUCGACGGCCUCUACGAACUGCGCUCCCAGGAGAGGGAAUCCAGUUUGGGGUUGGAGGGCGGCAGCACGUUGGACGUGGGGCAGAGCCAACUCAUUCCCGUGAGCCCAGAAGUCAUCAAGCGCCGGCGAGGGGGCCUGAUUGAACAGCGAGAUAUCAUCAAGGCGCACGAAGCCCACAAGAUGCAGAGCACGCCGCAGGCGAGGCGGAAGGAGUGGGAGAUGGCUCGCUUUGGAGAGGCGAUGGCUGGCAGGCUGGGAUCCGGAGAUGGAGCUGCCGAGCAGAACAGGAACCGCCAGGGAGCCCCGGCCCCUCCGGGGGGGACCCCGGUAGCGUACAAGCAAACCAAAGCCCAACGGGCCAGGACUAUGGCACUGUACAACCCUAUACCCGUCCGUCAGAACUGCUUCACAGUCAACAGAUCUCUCUUCAUUUUUGGGGAAGACAACAUUGUCAGGAAAUAUGCCAAGAAGCUGAUCGACUGGCCUCCUUUUGAAUACAUGAUUCUGGCAACCAUCAUCGCAAACUGCAUCGUUCUGGCCCUGGAACAGCACCUUCCUGAAGACGACAAGACACCUAUGUCUCGGAGAUUAGAGAAGACAGAACCUUAUUUCAUUGGGAUCUUUUGCUUUGAAGCUGGCAUUAAAAUAGUCGCUUUGGGAUUCGUUUUCCACAAGGGCUCCUAUUUACGGAACGGAUGGAAUGUCAUGGAUUUCAUUGUGGUCCUGAGCGGCAUCCUCGCCACAGCAGGGACCCAUUUCAACACCCAUGUGGACCUGAGGACGCUGCGGGCAGUGCGAGUGCUCAGACCCUUGAAGCUUGUCUCAGGCAUUCCUAGUUUACAGAUUGUGCUCAAAUCCAUCAUGAAGGCAAUGGUGCCUCUCCUGCAGAUUGGUCUCCUCCUCUUCUUCGCCAUCCUGAUGUUUGCCAUCAUUGGCCUGGAGUUCUACAGCGGAAAGCUUCACCGGGCUUGCUACGUAAACAAUUCAGGUGAAUUGCAAGAGUUGGACCCGCCUCAUCCCUGUGGGGUGCAGGGAUGCCCUGCAGGUUAUGAGUGCAGAGAGUGGAUUGGUCCCAACGACGGGAUCACCCAGUUUGACAACAUCCUCUUUGCUGUGUUGACUGUCUUCCAGUGCAUCACCAUGGAAGGAUGGACUACAGUGCUGUACAAUACCAAUGAUGCCUUAGGAGCCACCUGGAACUGGCUGUACUUUAUCCCCCUCAUCAUUAUUGGAUCUUUCUUUGUUCUCAACCUCGUCCUUGGAGUGCUUUCUGGGGAAUUUGCCAAAGAGAGAGAGCGAGUGGAAAAUCGCCGGGCCUUCAUGAAACUGAGGAGGCAGCAGCAGAUUGAACGGGAGCUGAACGGCUACCGGGCUUGGAUAGAUAAAGCAGAGGAAGUCAUGCUGGCUGAAGAGAACAAGAAUUCUGGCACAUCGGCAUUAGAAGUUCUCAGGAGGGCGACCAUUAAAAGGAACCGGACAGAAGUCAUGAAUCGUGACUCCAGUGAUGAGCGUGUGGAUAUCUCCUCUGUGGGCACCCCCCUCGCUCGGGCCAGCAUCAAGAGCGCCAAACUGGAUGGCGCCUCGUAUUUCCGACACAAGGAGCGGCUCCUGCGCAUCUCUGUCCGCCACAUGGUGAAAUCCCAGGUGUUCUAUUGGCUCGUCUUGAGCAUCGUGGCCCUCAACACGGCCUGUGUGGCCAUCGUCCAUCACAGCCAACCUCCUUGGCUCACACACCUCCUCUACUAUGCAGAGUUUAUAUUUCUGGGCCUCUUCCUCCUAGAGAUGUCCUUGAAGAUGUACGGGAUGGGGCCCCGACUUUAUUUCCAUUCUUCUUUCAACUGCUUUGACUGUGGGGUCACGGUGGGAAGCAUCUUCGAAGUGGUUUGGACGAUCUUCAGACCUGGAACCUCUUUUGGGAUUAGCGUCUUACGAGCCCUGCGGCUUCUAAGGAUAUUUAAAAUCACAAAGUAUUGGGCUUCCUUGAGGAAUUUGGUGGUCUCACUGAUGAGUUCUAUGAAGUCUAUUAUCAGCCUCCUCUUCCUCCUUUUCCUCUUCAUUGUAGUCUUUGCCCUGCUUGGGAUGCAGCUCUUUGGUGGCAGAUUUAAUUUUAUGGAUGGGACUCCUUCUGCAAACUUUGACACCUUCCCUGCAGCCAUCAUGACAGUUUUCCAGAUUUUGACAGGGGAAGACUGGAAUGAAGUGAUGUACAAUGGAAUUCGCUCCCAAGGUGGCGUCAGCUCAGGAAUGUGGUCGUCCAUCUACUUCAUCAUCCUCACGCUAUUUGGAAACUAUACCCUGCUUAAUGUUUUCUUGGCCAUUGCUGUGGAUAACCUAGCUAAUGCGCAGGAGCUGACAAAGGAUGAGCAGGAAGAAGAAGAGGCUUUUAAUCAGAAGCACGCCUUGCAGAAAGCCAAGGAAGUCAGUCCAAUGUCUGCUCCCAACAUGCCUGCUAUAGAAAGAGACAGAAGGAGGAGACACCACAUGUCGAUGUGGGAACCGCGCACCAGCAACCUGAGGGAGAGGAGAAGGAGGCAUCAUAUGUCUGUGUGGGAACAGCGGACCAGCCAGCUGCGCCGCCACAUGCAGAUGUCCAGCCAGGAGGGCAUCAACAAGGACGACCCUUCUCUGCUCAACCCUCAUGCCAACGCUUUUCGGAGGAGAAGGCUGCUGGAGAACAGUGGCCUCGAAAAGAACGAGGAGGAGCGGACGGAAAAGUCAGAGCGGGCAAACGAAGAAGGGACGGCCCUGCAAAUCCCAGGUUCCAAUCCCUGCCCAGGCAGCAUGGAAGACCAGAAGAGCGUGUGGCACCACAAAUCCUUCCACGGGAACUGCGAUCUGAACGAGCAGGAAGGCGGAGCGAGCGUGACCUUUGAGGACAGGGCCCGGCUCAGGCAAAGCCAGAGGCGCAGCCGACAUCGCAGGGUGAGGACGGAAGCCAAGGAGAACAGGUCGGCCAGCCAAGAGGCCGGCCCCGAAGCGGUCAGCCCCGCAGAGGGAGAGCAGAACCAGGAGCAGAAGAAGAACGAGGAGGAAAAGGAGGGCUUGAUCGAAAAGGAGCCGGUGGUUGGCGAGGAGCUGAAAAGGACCAAUGAAGCCCCAGCCAAAGAUGCCGAGUUUGCAGCGGCCCCCCAAGAGCCAAGCCCCUCGGAAGGCCACCUUGAGCUGGACAAAGGCAAGGAUGCUAGUCCAACUGAGCAGGAUGGCAGCAGCUUGGAUACAAGUGAGCAGGCGCUCCUGGGGGACCUGCCCAUGGAGACAGGCAGGACUAUCAGCAGGAGUGAGCCCGAUCUCUCCUCCGUCACAACCAACAUGGAGAAAGCCACCGAGAGCACCACCAUCAUGAUUGACGUCCAAGACUCUGCUGUGGUACAGAUUAGCAACAAGACAGAUGGAGAAGCCAGCCCUUUGAAGGAGGCAGAGACAAAGGAAGAGGAGGAAGCAGAGGCAGAGAAGAAGAAGAAGAAGCAGAAAAAGAAGAAACCCGUAGGCAAACCCAUGGUGCCUCACAGCUCGAUGUUUAUCUUCAGCACCACAAACCCAAUCCGAAGAGUCUGCCAUUACAUUGUCAACCUGCGCUAUUUUGAGAUGUGCAUCCUUCUGGUGAUUGCAGCAAGCAGCAUUGCCUUGGCAGCGGAGGACCCCGUCCUGACCAACUCCGAGAGGAAUAAAGUCCUGAGAUAUUUCGACUAUGUUUUCACUGGCGUCUUCACCUUUGAGAUGGUUAUCAAGAUGAUAGAUCAGGGAUUAAUCCUGCAAGACGGCUCCUAUUUCCGAGAUCUCUGGAACAUCCUGGACUUCAUUGUGGUGGUUGGAGCCCUGAUGGCCUUUGCCUUGGCGAAUGCUUUGGGGACGAACAAAGGUCGGGACAUAAAAACUAUUAAGUCUCUGCGUGUUCUGCGAGUCUUGAGGCCUUUGAAGACCAUCAAGAGGCUGCCCAAACUCAAGGCCGUCUUUGACUGCGUCGUAACUUCGUUGAAGAACGUCUUCAACAUCCUCAUUGUCUACAAGCUCUUCAUGUUCAUCUUUGCGGUCAUCGCAGUUCAGCUCUUCAAGGGCAAAUUCUUCUAUUGUACGGACAGUUCAAAAGAUACAGAGAAAGACUGCAUAGGCCACUAUGUGGACCACGAGAAAAACACGAUGGAAGUGAAAUGCCGAAAAUGGAAGCGCCACGAAUUCCACUACGACAAUAUCAUGUGGGCUCUGCUUACCCUCUUCACUGUCUCCACCGGAGAGGGGUGGCCGCAGGUUCUGCAGCAUUCGGUGGAUGUGACUGAGGAGGACCGCGGCCCCAGCCGCAGCAACCGCAUGGAGAUGUCCAUUUUCUAUGUGGUGUAUUUUGUGGUCUUCCCUUUUUUCUUUGUGAACAUCUUUGUGGCUCUCAUCAUCAUCACUUUCCAGGAGCAAGGAGACAAAAUGAUGGAGGAGUGCAGCCUCGAGAAGAACGAGAGAGCAUGCAUUGACUUUGCCAUCAGUGCCAAACCCCUCACCCGCUACAUGCCGCAAAACCGGCACACCUUUCAGUACCGGGUCUGGCACUUUGUGGUCUCCCCAUCGUUUGAGUACACCAUUAUGGCGAUGAUAGCACUGAACACUGUGGUUCUAAUGAUGAAGUACUAUUCUGCUCCCUACACCUACGAACUAGCUCUGAAGUACCUGAACAUUGCUUUUACCAUGGUUUUCUCACUGGAAUGUGUCCUGAAAAUUAUAGCUUUUGGCUUUCUGAAUUAUUUCCGCGACACCUGGAACAUCUUUGAUUUCAUCACCGUGAUUGGCAGCAUUACAGAAAUUAUCUUGACGGACAGCAAGCUGGUCAAUACCAGCAGCUUCAACAUGAGCUUUCUGAAGUUGUUCCGGGCUGCCCGUCUCAUCAAAUUGCUUCGCCAAGGUUACACCAUCCGCAUUCUGCUGUGGACUUUUGUGCAGUCCUUCAAGGCCCUCCCCUACGUCUGUCUCCUGAUUGCAAUGCUCUUCUUCAUUUACGCCAUCAUUGGGAUGCAGGUUUUUGGGAAUAUCAAACUAGAUGAAGAAAGCCACAUUAAUCGUCACAACAAUUUCCGCAGCUUUCUGGGCUCACUGAUGCUUCUUUUCAGGAGCGCCACAGGGGAGGCGUGGCAGGAGAUCAUGCUUUCAUGCCUGGAAGGGAAAGGAUGUGAGUCGGACACCACAGCAACAUCUGGGCAGAACGAGAACGAGCGAUGCGGCACAAAUCUGGCAUACGUAUACUUUGUCUCCUUUAUCUUCUUCUGCUCCUUUUUGAUGCUCAAUCUCUUUGUGGCUGUCAUCAUGGACAAUUUUGAAUACCUGACUCGAGAUUCCUCCAUCUUGGGACCGCAUCACCUUGACGAAUUUGUCCGGAUUUGGGCAGAGUACGACAGAGCUGCGUGUGGCAGGAUCCUGUAUAAGGAUAUGUACACAUUAGUACGGGUGAUCUCGCCUCCUCUGGGCCUGGGAGAGAACUGUCCCUACAGGGUGGCGUACAAGGUUUGCCUCCCAAUCCCCAGCCACAACCCGGCAAUGGGAACAUCCUGUUAAACCCCUCCUUCCCAACCCUCUGCUCUGCCACCACUGCUCCUCAUCAGGCAUUGCUUUAACCUGAGUUUAAAGAGAUCCACACCCUUUCAGAACCAGCAGCUGUUGGGGCCAGGAAGGGAUGGGGAGCGGGGAGAAGGCUUUGGUUUGUCUGCCUAAGCUGCAAAUUCAUUCUGGUCCUCUAAAGGUUUUCCUUCCUUUCUUUUCUUUUGCGGGUUGUGUCUCCUGCGCACGGAUUAUACACCCGGGAAGCACGACCUUUGCCUCUCGGAUCAGAGCCCUCUCUGAUGGCACAUCUUUUAUCUUCCGAGUGGGCACUGCUAUUGCUCUUUAACCAGUGCGGCUACAAAACAAUGCAGAAGAAAAUGCGAGGCAAGGGGUUGAGGGACAAAAAGGAAAGCGAGGAGGACAUGGGGAGAAAGAUGUCGUCACCAGAGACUCGGUUCUGAAGGUGUUACAGUUUUAAGCACAGGAGCUCUGGUUAUCGAAUCUUGCACUGUUUCUGACCCUCCAGAGUAAUGCCAUUGGGGUUCACGAUGUAUCUCCUAAGAGUGCUAUUCAGUUUGCCAGACUCAACAUCCUGAUUUAUGCCAGCUCUCAGUGACAUCUGCUGUACCCUGAGGGUUCAUACAGCUGACUACUCCUCAGCCAAAAAGUUUUAAAACCCCACUCAACAAGGAAAACUAGCAUUUCAGAUGAUAGAAGGCUAAUCUAGAAGAACCCUUGCCCCCAAUAUCUAAUUUUCUAUGUGGAAGGAAUAUUUUUUAUUUAUUUUUUUUUGUAUGAAAGAAGACUCUAUCUCCCAUGCAGUCUGAAGUGAUGCAGAUUGCCAUCUCAGUAAGACCUAGGCCCUAAUGAAUGUUUAUUUGAAAGCAUUGUCCAUUGUGGCUAUCUCUAUUUUCCCUACACACACACACACACAUGCGUGUCAAAUUCUUAUUUUUUUGACCUGACAGAUUGUUGGAAAGCAUUUAGAUUGUUCUUAUAUUUUGGCAAAUUGCAAGCUCUGAUCACCUUGUAUUUCUUGAGAGCUUUGGCUGUUUAUUCUUUGCAAGUCAUUGGCAGUAAACAAUGGUUUCAACCUUCAUUAUGCCAAGAAAAAACCACUCAGUUUAGAUGAGGACUAGGAUUAAAGUUUGUUCCAUCCCUUGUAGUUGAGUAAGCUUCAAAAUAAAUAAAUAAAAAUGCAAUCUAAGCUGUCAUCUACAUAAGAGAAGCUGCAAAAGAACCUCAGAUUCGUGCGUUAUUCCUUUACCAGCUCAAAAACUCAUUCUUGAAACCCACUCGCAAUGAUUUCUAUUGUGAUUUAACAAAUGACGGCCAAGAUGGGUUAACCUUACAGAAUAAUUAACUUUGUAAGUUUAGCAAGAGUUCAGCCUCCACCUAAAUA